GCGAUAGGUUGCAAGCACCUCUAGCAGUAGCAAGCAAACACUGCGAAGGCCGUAGGGUUCGUGCUGAGCCGAUGAGAGAGAGAGAGAGAGAGUCGUCCCUCCACACAGAGCGUAUAUCAGUGUGAGGUUGGGUCGGCAGUACGUGAGAAGGGUUGGAAGGCAUCGUACGUGGCAGCUGCAGUGAAGAGUUGACACCGUCUCCAGCUGUUACGCAAGAAUCGUCGCUGGCAGCGAGACGCCCCUCCACUCGUGCCGACGCUGCUCCGAUGAAGCACACCCGCGACAAUGUCUAGCAAACGCCCGCAGCGGCUGCAGACGAGCGAGUCUGCGAAGAGCCUCGACGACAAUGAGCACGCGAACCCGACCGUCUGCGGCAUCGAGAUGAAGGGCGAGCACGAGGACUCGCCGUACGGAUGGGGGCGGCUGCAGCCGUCCUGCUUGCAGGGCAUGCGCAGCGUCAAGUGGUUCCUCUUCUGGAUCUGCUGGGCCGGCGCGCUGCAGGGCAUGAUCGUCAACGGGUUCGUGAACGUCGUCAUCACGACGGUGGAGAAGCGCUUCUCGCUGAGCGGCGCCGAGGCGGGCCUCAUCGCCAGCUGCUACGACAUCGCGUCCGUCAUCUGCGCGCUGCCCGUCAGCUACUUCGGGGCGAACGCGCACCGGCCGCGCUGGCUCGCUCUCGGCACGAUCGUGAUGGGCAUCGGCGCGUUCGUCACCAGCCUGCCGCACUUCCUGACGGCGCGCUACGAGCCGAGCGUGGCGGCGGUGAACGGCAGCGACAGCCUGUGCGUGCUCGGCGGCAACGCGACGGACGUCUGCGACGAGGCGGACGCGUCGCUGCGCGGCUACAAGUACGUGUUUUAUCUCGGCCAGCUGCUGCACGGCGCCGGCGCGUCACCCUUCUACACGCUCGGCAUCGCCUUCCUCGACGACAACGUGCGGCCGAAGCUCGUGUCGCUCUACGUCGGAAUCUACUAUACGAUGGCACUACUGGGGCCAGCACUGGGUUACAUGCUUGGUGGUUUACUGCUGGCCAUCUACACUGACGCACCCAGCGUCGACCCGGCAGACCUUGGGCUGACGCCACAGAGCUCGGCCUGGGUCGGUGCCUGGUGGAUUGGCUUCUUCAUCUGCUCGUUCAUCUGCUGGCUCGCCGCGAUUCCGAUGCUCGGCUACUCUCGAGAACUACCAGGUGCCGCCGCCGCGCGGGCCGAGCGCAUCUCCGAGGUUCACAAGAAGGGCGACGACGACGAGGUGACGCGCAGCGGGUUCGGAACGUCGUUCCGGGACAUUCCGAUUGCCUUCACGAACCUCCUGCGUAAUCCGACGUUCAUGUUCCUCAACCUCGCAGGCGCGACGGAAGGUAUGCUGGUUGCAGGCUUUGCCACCUUCAUGCCCAAGUACGUGCAAUUCCAGUUCGCACUCACCGCUAGCUUUGCAGCGAUUCUCAUGGGUUUCAUCGUCGUGCCAGCAGGUGGUGGUGGAACGUUUCUCGGCGGUUACAUAAUCAAGAAACUGCAGAUGAACUGUGAAAAGAUCGUACGGUUCUGCGCCAUCGUCUGCAUGUCUGCAGUGCCUCUAACACUCGCCUUCCUCGUCCAGUGUCCUCAGGGACAUAUAGGUGGCUUCAACGCCCCUUAUCUGAAUUGUUCGUUGUUGACAGAACCGAACGUAACGGCGGCAUGCAACAUAGACUGUGGCUGCCAGUCGGAGCAGUACAGCCCGAUAUGUGGCAUCGAUGGAGUGACGUACUACUCGGCCUGUUACGCGGGCUGCACGACCACGUUUACAGAGAACGGCACCAAGCAAAAGCUAGCAGUUACAACAAGAAACGUUUUUUUCUUUAGGUGUGUUGCACCGACACAGCGAGCAUUUGCACUUGGAAACCAGUGGCUGUAUAUAAGGUUACUUGGCACCAUCCCGGCGCCGGUGAUCUUCGGAUCGCUCAUCGACAUGACGUGCUCGUGGUGGUCGGACAACUGCGACGAGGAAAGCAGCGGCUCGUGCUACUUCUACGACAACCAUCAGAUGUCGAUGAACAUGCUCGCGAUGGCCAUUGUCGGCAAGAGCGCGUCGACGCUCUUCUUCUUCCUCUCGUGGUUCCUCUACCAGCCGCCGAGCCCGCACGACGACACGGUGGGCAUGCGCAGCGUCAAGACGGACGAGCGCAGCCUCACAAACCCCAAUUACGACGCGAGCGCGAGCAACCUGGAUGGCGUGAGCCGCGCGAGCAGCGGCUACGAGACGGGCACGGCCGUGACGCUGCGCGCAGACAGCGACGGCGACAUCGUGUACGCGGGCGUCGCCAUCAUCGGCAACGGCGACGCGACGAGAGCGAACGGCGCGCCGCCGCCGCCGGCGGCGGAAGUCACGAGGUUCUAGCCGGGGAUGGACGGGUGGUUUACCAGCAUCUGUCACCAAGGCUUCAAGGCUUCAGUUGACAAUGUUCUAGCUGGGAAGGACAGGUGGUUUACCAGCAUCUGUCACCAAGUCUUCAACUAUCACUAAGGUUUCAGUUGACAAUGUUCUAGCUGGCGAAGGGCAGGUGGUUUACCGGCAUCUGUCACCAAGGCGGCAAGUCGAUCUCCAGUUGACAAUGUUCUAGCCGGGGAGGCAGUGGUUUACCAGCAUCUGUCACCAAGUCUUUAACUGUCACCAAGGCUUCAAGGUUUCAGUUGGCAAUAUUCUAGCUGGGGAGGUGGGUGAUUUAUCAGCAUCUAUCCCCAAGGCUUCAACAGUCACCAAGGCAUCAGUUGAUGACGUCUAGCCGGGGAAGCCGGUGGUUUACCAGCAUCUGUUACCAAGUCUUCAACUGUCACCAGGGAUUCAGUUGACAAUGUUCUAGCUCGGGAAAGCAGGUCAUUUACCAACUUCUGUCACCAAGGCUUCAACAGUCACCAAGGCGUCAAGGCAUCAAUUGACAAUGUUCUAGCCAGGAGGAGAGCAGGGGGUUUACCAGACUCAGUUACCAAGGCUUCAGAGCUUCAUGUCAGCAGGCAUUAGCGAAGAGGCGAGUAGCUUGAGACUGCUGCCAUCCUACUGGGAAGCAAGUAGUUUGAGACUGUCGCCAUCCUACUGAGAAGCAUGUAAUGUGAGACUUCCACCAUUUAUUGUGUAAGCUUUCGGCUGUCGUCACCAGACUGUGGCUGGUAAGGUGGGAGUUUAAGGUUGUCGCCGUCCUAUUGUGUGGGCUUUCUUUACAUAACGAGGCCUGUCCAACAGCACGUGAUUUUGGUAGAUACUGACGUCAGCUACUUCGCUGAGAAACUAGAGUAGAUGGAGAUUUACUGAAAUACGUUGUGGCCUCGAUGGUGAUAGCUGUCUUAGUAUUAAAAUUGCGUUGUUAUAAAAUGCAAUCUAGAUGUCUUUUUAUAUCAGAGUAUCCGAGCAUCAUUCCAUGUGUUUGUUCGUUGUAAAAAGAGUGGUUUACUUCAACUUCAUGCAUGGCAAAGUUAAAGGUAACGUUUUAAAUUUGAAACGUUGUCGUCAGUCGUGGGAGCGAGUGAGAUCGAGGUACGGCUAGAUGUCCGAUUUGUGUUUGCAUGUGUGCUCACACAUUCACUCGUGCAUAUAGUUACCCUGCAAUUGUUGAUGUGUUUUCAGAGACGUCCAUAAAUGGUAACCGAUGUACCAGCCUUUAUAUAUUAGUGCCAAUGUAGUAAUCUAUAGAUAUAUAAUGUCAAAGAGUAUUUUUAGUUCUAGAAAACGUGAGCGUUCUACUGUUAUCUGUUUCUUUAGUAUUAUUUGCUCGUACGUUAUAAUGGCAUAUAACCAUGCUUCCUACAAUACAUAUCUAUGCAGUGAUAAUAUCAAGAGUGAAUAAUAUUUAUAAUAAUAGAUCUAUUCACUCCUGAUAAUAUGUAAUGUAUAUGUAAAUUUGUUAGCAUUUGUCUAUGUUAAACUCGGUUCCGUGUAUGUGCACAAAUUGAUUUAUGCACAACAAUAUUUAGUGGAUUUGGGUAUGAUUGGAAUAUGCUAUGUGUAUUUUAUAGCAGGUCAUACGUUUUUGUUAAUAUUAGUAGUAAUAACUAAAUGAACACAAGCCGCCCGGUGGGUCAAUAAGGGGUUAUUUCGUGCAUAUUCGGGUGCAGGCGAGAUACGUAGCUGCAUAUGCAUGAUCCAUGUGCAAGGGUGUAUAUACAGUAAUCAUAGUUACACCUAACAAGAGAAAUGGUUUCAACAGGGUAUAACAGAAGAUAUUAAUUCUCUUGUUGGCUGCAUAAAUGAUAAAACAUAUUCGUAGAGAAAUGUGGUCGAUUAUAUCGACUACUGAUACGCCUCAUGGUCUAAUGACACAGGCUAUUCAUAUAGAAUUUGUUGUUUGUACAUAUAUUUUCCUAAUAUUAUGAUUAUAAGAUUUUCGAUUAUAUCAAUGCAAUAAUUAGUGGUUUUGACAUUUUGCAGUAAUCCCAUGUUAAAAAUAUUGCAAUGUGUUUUGCCCUAUAUAUAUGUUACAUUAUAGAACAGCCUUGUUUUUUGAAAAGGCAUAUUGUCUAGUAUUUUGUUAAUUUCUGUUUGUAGGCAAUUUUGUGUUAUGUUAUGGCAUGCUAUUUAGCAUCCAAUGUUCACAUGUAAUGAGUUAAUUCGUAUACGAUAAUUUUUAAUUGAACAUUUCAGAAGACAAUGUAAGCGUUAUCUUAUCAUUUUGAUAAUAAUUUCAUAAACAAGUCUGUUUUCGAUCCUGCAGUGCAGAAUUGUUACCUGUGGUUGUGUAUGACCUAGUCCAAUUAUAUUAUGAUUCAGUCAUGAAUAGGAAACGUUUUAUUCGUUAAAAUACACUAUUAGCAGCAGAGAUGUCACGCAUUAUAAUAUAGACACCAUUCCAAAUAUGCUGUUUUGUUGUGAUAUCUGAUGACCUUGGUUGUCAAGAUGUAUCAGAACUAGUGCCUUUAUGUCAACAAAACGACGUAAAACAUAAUAAUGCUGAUGUUAGUCUGCGUUAUCCAUUUGCCCCAACUAUAGAAGUGUAUAGAUAGACCUGUCUAUUAGGUCUAUUUAGUAUAUUAUUUCCAUGGUCCUUACCGACCAUACCGUUUUGUCAGUGGAAUAUUGCAGGCUUUAUGGUUACACUGUUACAUUAUUACUGCUAUAUAACAAGUGUUUUUGCAUGUCGACCUUUGUAUGUACAGCCAUGCAAUUGUAGUCUGGUUAGCUCAAGCUAUUCAAAGAUGUUAAACUGCCAAUUACUCUUUGCUCAAUGUUUGUUGAUACAAAUACAGUUAAUACAGUGUAAUAGCCUGUAAUUAUAAGGGUGUUUUGUUAAACAGUCACAAUAUAACGCAUGAGUUAUAUCAAGCGUGUGUAAAACUCAGGCUAUCACUGGUCUGCAAAAGGAUGGUCAAUGGGCAUACAAUCAUGUUGAAUAAACACAACCUAUGCAAAGUUA